CAUGGCUGCACAACCAUUUCAGGCAAAAGAUCACGUAGAACUCUAUGAAAAGUAUAGGUUCCCUCCUCCUGAGGAACUCCAAAAUGUGAUCUUCUCCUAUUUGGAAGAGAAGAAAGGAAAACCUCACAGACUGGCCGUGGAUGUGGGCUGUGGAUCAGGCCAGGGCACACGAGUCCUGGCUCCUCAUUUUGAGUGGGUCUUGGGGAUGGACAUCAGCGAGGCCCAGAUCCAAAAGGCCCGACAAGCCCCCGGCCCCAACAACAUCUCCUACAGGGUCUGCCCCGCAGAAGAACUCCCUCUAGAGGAUGCAUCGGUGGACCUGGUCACCGCGUUUGCGGCCGCUCACUGGUUUGACACGGAGCGCUUCCUGCAGGAGGUGAAGCGUGUCCUCAAGCCUCAGGGCUGUGUAGCCCUGAGCACCUACCUCCCCAGGAUGAGCUUGCACUUCGGGGACUGCUCCGAGCAGCUCACCCAGAUCGUGGAGAAGCAGAUGCAGUUGCUUGUGAAUAAUUAUGCUAGCAACGGCAUCAAGUUUGUGUUGUCGGAAUACAAAGAGAUACUUGAUGCUAUGACUUUCCCAGGCAAGCAAAGAAUUAGAAAUCUACAUGGUAAAAUGCACAUGACGGUUGGUGGCUUGAUUGGGUACAUACAGUCCCUUGCCAUGUACCAGAACUUCUUGAAUAUCAACCCCGAGGCAGCAAAGGACUCUCUGAAAACAACUGAAGAGAGCAUCUUAGAGACCAUGGGAGUUCAUUCCAAUGAAACUCAAAUAGAGGUCUGGAUGAAUUAUGUUUGCAUUCUAGGCUACAAGAUGUCAUAGGAAUGCCACUGGAGCAGGGAGGACCAAGGGAAAUGCCCACAGCUGAAGGAACCAUCCCAGAGAAGGAAAUGUCCUCUACUUGUCACCUGACAAAAUGGAAGACCUGAUCCUCCAAGACUCCUGUCUCACUAUUUUGGGGACGCUACCAUCAAUUGACUGCUCACGAUUCCAGACCAGAAUGGCUUCCAGGAUGUGCAGGGGGUGGGGGCUGGGGUUCCUGAGUGAUGUCACUAAGGGGAAGGGUCAAGGCUGACAUAGUCAAUGCCUUCUCCCAGCAUCAGUGGCAACCAGUCCCUAAGGUUUUAAUCAUUCACCUGAUUUCCUACUGCCUGGUCUAACAUGGCCCAUUUCUUUGCAUAAGAACUUGUUUGAACAGGGUGCAAACAUUCUUUCUGAAUGGUUUCAUUUAAAAGCCAGGAUCAUGAAAAUCUGCUGUAAUCUUGAAGAAGGGCUCAAAUUUGUAAAGGAUUGGUGAAAUAAAUGUGUGUUCCUCCAUA